AUGAGCCGCCAGCAAAAUGAAACGACUGCCCCGGCGUGGCCGCCCUCUGCCGAGGCCAAACUCAAUGAUCCCUCUAUCCACAAAAUCCUCUCGAGGGGCCAAGGUGACCCAUGGACUACGUUUGCGCGGCAACAACAGCCUCCUAGCAUCGGUCAGAACCCAUGGUGCCCCAUGGCCUAUAGGGGCAGUAUCAGCGUCCUAUCCGAUGAUGGUCCGUUUCUCGAGCCGCCGCCAGGAGAUGCCCGCUUUCCAUAUGAGGACGUCGCUUCCGUCACCGGCCGCCCUGGCCACGAGGCUACCGGUUCUGCACACGUGCAGCAACUGCUCAACGGCUUCCAGAUUGGCAACCCAGGCCCGCAUCUGCCGUCCAUGCGAGACAGCACAAUUGAUGCUGCGAGCACUUUCUCCGCAAGCACCGCUGGGACCGGUCUUCGCGGCCCCCUCAAGUGCAAACAAUGUGACAAGGUUUUUAAAAGCCAGUCCAGCCUCAAAAAGCAUACACUGAGCCAUUCACGCCCACAUCGGUGCAAUUAUCCCGCCUGUAGCAAGAAAGACGGGUUCAGCACACCCAACGACUUACAAAGGCACAAAGAGUCGGUUCACAAGGAGGCAAGGGAUGUCUAUCAGUGUACAACAGGAGACUGCGCCGGGGCCUCUCAGCCAAAAUGGUGGCCACGAAAAGACAACUUCCGCACUCACAUGUUCAAGGUACAUAAAAUGGACAUUUCACCAGAUGACGCAAUUGCGUAUUCGGUCCGACUGGAUCCCAAGAUCGCGAAUACCGCGCCAUCUAGUGAGGUCACAACGUCGGAGGACCUCGCGGAUGCACAAUUGGCCGGGACAGGCAACGAGGUCGCCGAAUCAACGCUGAUGGACGUAGAUCAGUUUGCAUAUUUUCUUGCAAAUUCAGAUUCACAUCACUUCCGAAAUCUGAGCGGGCAAGCUGGCGUGGACGUUGGCGAGGGUUCGUAUUCGUUACAAGGAUUCGAGCCACCAGAUUUUGGAGGCCAAUCGUUCACGACGCAAACGAUUCCAGCCGCUAAUAGUAGCAUUUUCAUGACGUCCAUGGUCAGCGAUACCAGCUACCAGAUGCCGCCUCAGCCAGGGCCACCGAGCCAGGGCGUGAGUGCCGUGGAUGAGAUCCAAGUGGCAUACUCCCCCAAGACCGGUAGCGGUUUGAGCUCCAGUGGUCCCCGGGAGAACUUGAGUGCUGCAAGUUCUCAGAAAGUCAAUGCACCGAGUCAUGACGUUUUGGUCAACGACGGCUGGACAAAUUCGCAGCUCGUGGAUCACCUAGAAACGUUUCCGGUGGAGCUUCUACGACAGGCUUUGAGGUCAAAACAAGACUCCAAAACCCCCAAAAACUCCAACGAGCCUGAAGAAAAUUCUCAUCCCAAAUCUCGCUAUCAAUGUAUCGAGUGCAAAAAGGUCUGCAAUCGAGCCUGUGAGCUUAAGAAGCACAUGAAGCGGCAUGACCGGCCUUAUGGCUGCACUGUAAAAGAUUGCGGCAAAAAUUUCGGUAGCAAAAACGACUGGAAACGACACGAAAGCGCGCAGCAUGAACCCGUGGAGGCCUGGGCGUGCGAUGAAGACGGCUGCAUCGCCAUUUGUGAGGAUCGUCUUGCAUUCAUGCAGCAUCUCAUGGAAGCGCACGACAUGGUCCAUGACGAAGACCUUCGGUCGAGGGCGCAGAGCUGCCACAUCGGAAGACAAUGUGAUGCCAAAUUUUGGUGCGGUUUCUGCGGGCGGGUCAUUGAAAUCGACGAUAUAAUGAGUCAGGACGACGGCAGCAACGGCUCACCCUGGAGUCGCCGCUUUGAUCACAUUGACUGCCACUUGUUCGGGAAGAAUGGCUUUGAGAAGAAGGACAAAAGCCACUGGCGAUUUCUGGAAGACGGGGCCAAGGACUUUUUGGGGCAACUAAGCAGGGGCGUUCCGGAGAAGAGCAUUUCCGCAGCUGGUUCGUGGCUCGCGCGGUACAUUUGA